AGCUUUGAGAAGAAGGAGCCGUGUGGUGGCAAUCCGUUCAGCAUUUAUUACAUUCGGCACAGGGAUGACCCCAACCCCCAGGAACCAUAAACCUCAGACACAACACCCAGAGCACACUGCGCCUGGGGAGGCUAUUUCUCAGGGAUGAGGGGAGCGAGUUGCACAGGGGCUCCGCUGGGAGCAUGUCCCGGGACCCUGCGACGGCCGGCCACCCCUGCAGCCUCGGAUGCCUCUGCUGGGCACCCAGGGGGCGGUGGUCCCAUGCAGCACUGCGCCAUCUCUGUGUCCAUCCUGGGAAAGGCUGGCCAUGGUGAGGAUGGGCCCCAGCUCUUCCUGGACCGUUGUGGCUACGACUCGGUGGCUGAUGGCACCCAGGCAGCAGUUGGCGUCACGGCGGGAGGCCACCUACUCGAAGGGGAAAACCCUCCACACGGUGGGGUGGCUCGCCUUUGUCCAGCGGGCCACGAGCAGAGGGUAGGACACAGCACAAAGGCGGCCAGGUUGGCAGUGGCUACGUACAGGCCCUUGAGGAUGCAGCGGCAGCCUGGGGAGAUGCCGAAGUCGGCCGAUGGAGGAGGUGCCAGAGCAGCUGCCCCAGCAGAGGCUCAGGAUGAGCAGCGGGAGGAGGAGGAGCAGCAAGCAGACUGGGGUCCUGGGGCGCCAGGUGCCGCCUGCCCGAAGGGGAAGAAGCUCUCCUCCACAUGCAGCCAGGACACCAGCAGGGCCGAGGGCCCGAUGACAGCAGCUACAGGGCCACGCGGGGGCUCCACGGCCUGGGCAAAGCACCGGAAGCGCUCAUCGGGCUCCAGGUCAUACACCUUGGCCAGCUUCCUCUGCAUGGUGAUCUCACUUUGGAUGACACGGAACUGGGGCAGAGAAAGAACAGGGUACAGAGAAGGAGGUGUGUGAGGAGUGGGGCACUAUGAUGGUCCCGGAUCUUUGCUCAUGGGAACCCGCCUUCCCUCCAAUGCCAUCCAGCCCUGCCUGUUCUGACACUUGGGUCUCCAGCUCCUCCUCCAGGAAGGCGGCCUUGAUGCCACACCCCAUCCCCCACCUGACAAAGCCUUGAGUGUCCUGAGAUCUGGGUGUCUUAACUUUCUCAAGACACAUUAGGCCCAGGGGAUGGGCUGGACAGGGUCCUGCCCAGGGGGUCUUGACGGCAGGAAGGAAACCAAAGUGCAUCAGAAACAGCCCCCUGAGCCCAGAACAAGGCCGGAACGUCCCCACCCUUUCUCAAGUUGGAGGCCUGCCAGGGCCUCUAAGGCUGUCCUGCCCAGAAACAGCACCCGGACCUGGCCCGGGCUCGGGGCUACCGAGAAGCGGGGACUGCACCGGGGAGCUGAGGCCUCCGGUGGGAAGGCACUGCCAGCCCCCUGAUGUGCUUCCUGCCCUGAAGGAGCAGCAUCCCUACCCCUGGGCAGGGCCUGAGGGGGAGGCCAGUCCUGCCCAGAUGCUGCCCCCUGGAGCCCUCAGCCCCACCUGCCCUGGGGCCAGGACUGGGGCUUAGGUGGGCCCUUCUGGCAGUCCUCUCCAAGAAGCCCAGGUCCUGGGGUGGAGGGGGGACUCAGGAGGGGGGGAGGCCUGGUGCUGAGAGGUCUGGGCUCACUGGGGGCUCUCUCCUCUCUAAAGCUCACCAUCCUGCCCACCUGUGCCCCUCUGGGCUCACUCACGUCCUCAUAUUCCAGGUGUUUGUCUAUGGAAAGUUCCACACCUAGUACCUGCUGAGCAGCCCUCCUGGGUGGAGGACUGUAGCUCAACCCAAGGAAGCGGCCAGGGAUGGCUGUCCCCCCUUGGGACCUGUGAGUGCCGGUCCACACACCCCUGGCAGGAGGAGCCCAGGGACCGUGCAGGGCAGACCACAGGCACCCAUCCUGAGAGCUGGCCAAGGAGGGGACCCCGGGGGUGUCCCAUGACAUACCAUGGCCACCCAGAUCCAGAACCUAACCACUUCGGCCCUGUCCGAGGCCAUCAUGCUCGGGGUCCCGAGGCAGGUGGUGGUGACCAACUUAACCAAGGCAUCACAUUCCCAGAGGACCCUAUACAUGGUGAGAGCCAGGCGCUCAAUGUCUCCUAUCUGUGGCUGGUUCUGUAAGUAACUGUUACAUUCCACAAACUCCAUCCUGUCGUACAGCCCCUGGGGAUCACAAGGGAGGGUCAUCCAGCUGUGCCCCUGGUGCCCCUGUUCCCAGGCAGGGUCACUGGUCAGAGCUGGAGCCCAGGCAGCUGAGGACGUGCUGUGAGCCUCGUGGCCAUCCAGGCUUCAGACCCUGUCCACUGAGGCACCCAGUGGUGGGGAACAGAGGGGCUUUGCUCACAGGCACCCUCACCCACCUCCUCCCUGCAACAAAAGGCAGCUCACGCCUGCCCAAACUGGGGCAUCUGCCUCCCAUUCUGCCACCCCGUGGACCCCACUACCCACUCAGGUGCAGUUUCCCCCGAAACAACUCCACCCAGAGCCUUUGUUGGUGUCUGUGUCUCCCACACAGUCAGGUCCAUGGCAGGGGCCUCUGAAGUGUGGAGGCUGUGGAGGCCUGCCAGGCCAAUGGCCCGAGGACCUAAGGCCCUGGCAGCACCUCCCUGAGCACCCCUCCCCUGCCCUGCCCCUCCCAGCCCGGCCAGGCCCUGCCCACCUUCCCUCCGCUCCUCCUCAUUGGUCUGCAAGGAUCCCUGAGGGCCGGCCCUACUGUCCCCGUGUGGUCAGUGAGGGCUUGGGGGUGAGGAGAGUCUCUCAGGGCACAUGGUAAGUCCGUGGGGAAGCUGGGAUGUGGGCCCAGAUCACAGGAGUCCACACCAGGGGACAGCAGGUCUGGGGCAGCCUGUGACACAGGGCAGGCCCACCCCCGACCCCGAGAGCCCGCUCUGCUCACCGCACAGAUCAGGGUCAGCUGCUCGGCCACCAGGCUAUGGGGAAAUGCCAGAAUGGUCCACUCCUCCUUCCUCCACACGUCCCGGGUGAUCGCGACACAGGUGCUGGUGGGC